GUUGUGCGCUUGUUAGUGAUUACGGAAAAACAAUAUAUAAAACAGCAUCAAAAAAGAACAGCAAAUUCACUAUAAAAAUGGUUCAAUUAAAUCCAUUUAACGUAAUAAUGUUAGUAUACGUAACUUUUUCGGCCCUUAAUCUAUCAACAAGUCCGAUAACAUCUAAAGAACAAGAAAUGGCACAUAAAAUAGAAUCUAUGCUGAAAGAAAUGCGCGAUGAGAGAUACGAAAUGGAAGUAGAAGAAUCUUUAGAUUAUGAAAACGAUAACGAUAUUCCAACAGCAGAGCAAUUCGAACUAGGAGAUGAAGAGGAAGAAGGUGAGCUAUUGGACGCAAAUCCUAAAGUUAUAUGUACUACAGAUGCGUCCUCUAAAUCAAUUAAGGACGAAAGGAGCACAGCGCGCACGAGCGAUUGGCGAGUCCUAAUUUCACGAUGGAGAUCUGUCAGAGAGAUCAAACUGUAACUAUACGUGCUAUAUGGUCCUAUAAGCGAGGGGGUUCAUCGAUCUCCGCGAAACGGCACGCCAACGUUCGUCAACGUA